AUGUUUAUGAAGGGAGAAUUAACAAGCAUUUUUUGCUACCAGAAUAAUCAGGAUCAAGAAAGAGAUUUAAAUUCAAAGAAAGGAAAGCACACUGAGAUAAAUGUAUCUUACCUAGAUGAGGUAGCUGGUAAACCAUCAAGUGAAACUAGCGCAUUGGAGAGCAAUAAUCCCCUAAAUAAGCUUGAAGAAACUCUAGAAAUAAAGGAGCAUGAAAGUCAUUUGGGUAAUAACACAUGGGAACAGAUUGAAACAGAUACACCUGAUGUGAAUCAGAUAAUUGCUCAACAAUCAACUGCCAGAGUAUUUCUGGAGAUGGAUCCUGCCCCAAAAGAGCUUCUGGAAAAUUUACCGCUGGAGGUAGACAUACCUUUUUUUUUUCUUGUACUAUUUGAUUUCUUUCAUGAUUUUAUCAGCCCAUGA